UGGCCGCUGCCGGAGUGGCAGCGGGGCGGCGGCGGGCGAUGGCGGCGCUGCCCCGGGGCCCGCGUGUACUACUGGAGGAGCAGCAGCAGGGCGCUGUGGCAGCCCCGGUGUGCCGGAGCUGAGGGGGCCGCUGGGCGCUGCAGGAAGCCCGGCCCGCGUGGUUAUGUUUCACACUAUGUGCAGACUGUCUGUACUUACAGAAGAUAUUUAAAACCAAACAGACUUUUUUGCAAAAUUUUGAUUCCAGUGGAAUCUGUGCUUUAGAUUUUUGUCUUGUCAAUUAACUGGUGAAGCAAUGCCUGUACAAGCUCCACAAUGGACGGAUUUUCUCUCCUGCCCGAUUUGCACACAGACUUUCGACGAAACCAUCCGCAAGCCCAUCAGCCUGGGCUGUGGCCACACUGUCUGCAAGAUGUGCCUCAACAAGCUCCACCGGAAGGCAUGUCCCUUUGACCAGACCACUAUCAACACAGACAUUGAGCUCCUUCCUGUGAACUCAGCCUUGCUGCAGCUUGUGGGUGCUCAGGUUCCUGAGCAGCAGCCAAUUACUUUAUGCAGUGGAGCUGAAGAUACCAAGCAUUAUGAGGAGGGCAAGAAAUGUGUGGAAGAAUUGGCAUUGUACCUCAAACCACUCAGCAGUGCAAGAGGUGUGGGUCUUAACAGCACGACUCAGAGCGUGCUGAGUCGGCCCAUGCAGAGGAAGCUGGUGACAUUGGUGCAUUGCCAGCUGGUGGAGGAGGAAGGGCGCAUCAGAGCCAUGCGGGCAGCGCGGUCGCUGGGUGAAAGAACAGUCACAGAGCUCAUCCUCCAGCAUCAGAACCCUCAGCAGCUCUCCUCCAACCUCUGGGCUGCAGUGAGAGCCAGAGGCUGCCAGUUCCUUGGGCCAGCAAUGCAAGAGGAGGCUCUAAAGCUGGUUCUGCUGGCUUUGGAAGAUGGAUCUGCUCUGUCACGGAAGGUCUUGGUUCUCUUUGUGGUGCAGAGACUGGAGCCACGAUUCCCUCAGGCUUCCAAGACUAGCAUUGGGCACGUUGUCCAGCUCCUUUACAGAGCCUCCUGCUUCAAGGUGACCAAGCGAGACGAGGACUCCUCCCUGAUGCAGCUGAAGGAGGAGUUUCGGACGUACGAGGCUCUGAGAAGGGAGCACGACUCGCAGAUCGUUCAGAUCGCCAUGGAGGCGGGUUUGCGCAUCGCGCCAGACCAGUGGUCCUCGCUCCUCUACGGAGACCAGUCUCACAAAUCCCACAUGCAGAGUAUCAUUGACAAGUUGCAGACCCCAGCCUCGUUUGCACAGAGUGUUCAGGAAUUAACUAUUGCUCUUCAGAGGACUGGAGAUCCAGCUAACUUGAAUCGUCUCAGACCUCACCUAGAGCUCCUAGCAAAUAUUGAUCCCAGUCCAGAUGCUCCACCUCCAACGUGGGAACAACUGGAAAAUGGAUUAGUUGCUGUGAGGACUGUGGUUCAUGGCUUAGUUGAUUAUAUCCAAAAUCACAGCAAAAAAGGAACAGAUCAACAACAGCCCCCUCAGCACAGCAAGUACAAGACAUACAUGUGCCGGGACAUGAAGCAGAGAGGAGGAUGUCCCCGGGGAGCCAGCUGCACCUUUGCACACUCACAGGAGGAGCUGGAAAAAUUCCGUAAAAUGAAUAAGCGUCUCGUUCCCCGAAGACCCCUUAGUGCCUCCCUGGGCCAGCUGAAUGAGGUGGGCCUGCCUUCAGGAGCUAUCCUCUCAGAGGAAGGGGGAGUGGACUUGCCCAAUAGGAAAACUUCUGCUCUGCCAAAUGGAAUUGUGUCAACAGGCAGCACAGUGACACAACUGAUUUCUCGAGGGACUGACUCUGGUUAUGAAAGUGCCCUGAAGCCGGGGAAGAUGGACCAUCUGAGCAGCAGUGCCCCUGGAUCCCCUCCUGACUUGCUGGAAUCUGUUCCCAAGAGCUCUAUUUCUGCCUUGCCAGUGAACCCUCAUCCUGUGCCUGCUCGGGUGCCAGCAGAUCUGCCCUCAGUGUCUGUCACCAAGCAGUUGCAGAUGGUACCACGAGGGUCUCAGUUGUACAGUGCACAACAAGCAGAUAUGUUUUAUCAGGACCCCAGAGGGGCUGCCCCAUCGUUUGAGCCAGCGCCCUACCAACAAGGAGUGUACUAUCCCACUCAGUCCGUGUCUCGCUUCGUGCGCCCCCCUCCGUCAGCGGCCGAGGCGGGCGCUCCGUACCUGGAGCACUACGGGCCGUACCUGCCGGAGCGCGUGGUGAGCCCGCAGUACCCGCAGCCGCAGGGCUACCCGGCGCUGGCGCAGCCCAUGUACCCGCCGCACUACGACGGCCGCCGCGUCUACCCGCCCGUGCAGCCCUACCAGCGCGAGGACGUGGUGCGCGGCAGCCCCGUGCCCAUCGACAUCCCGCAGGCGGCCGUGCCCCUCUACGUGCCCGAGGCCAGGGACAGAUACCAGCAAACGGAGCCCUACUGCCCCGUGGCUCCGCAUCUCGGGCAGAUCCGACCUUCCUGCCACAGGCCUCAUCCCAGCUUGGAUGAACUUCACCGACGAAGGAAAGAGAUCAUGGCCCAGCUGGAAGAGAGGAAGGUGAUAUCUCCACCUCCUUUUGCACCAUCACCAACCUUGCCUCAUCCUUUUCACUCAGAGGAGUACUUGGAUGAAGACCUGAAGGUAGCUGGGAAAUACAAAGGAAAUGACUACAGCCAGUACUCUCCGUGGUCCUGUGACACCAUCGGCUCCUACAUUGGAACCAAAGAUGCAAAACCCAAAGAUGUUGUGGCAGCAAGGAGUGUGGAGAUGGCGAAUGUGGACGGCAAGGCCAUGCGUGAGCAGCGACUGGACAUGCAGCGGCGCGCGGCCGAGGCGGGGGACGAUGACCUCAUUCCCUUUGGAGACCGCCCAACUGUGUCAAGAUUUGGGGCCAUCUCCCGUACUUCCAAAGCCAUGUACCAGAACUCUGGGCCCAUGCAGGCCAUGGCAGUUCCGGGAGCUGCCACCAAAUCCAUCAUUUCAGACUACAGUCCUUAUGAAACUCACGGUGGCUGGGGAGGCUCUCCAUAUUCUCCUCAUCAAAAUAUACCUUCUCAGGGACGUUUCAAUGACAGGGAGAGGCUGUCCUUGUCAGAUGUGGCUGCUCAUGGGAAGCAGUUGCCCUCAGCUGAACGGGAGCAGCAGCUGCGCAUGGAGCUGCAGCAAGUUGACCAUCAGAUCAGCCAGCAGACCCAAAUGAGGGGGCUGGAGGCUGUUAGUAACAGGCUGCUGUUGCAGAGAGAGGCGACUACCCUGGCAGGCCAACCACAGCCCCCACCCCCACCUCCCAAGUGGCCUGGGAUGAUCUCAAGUGAACAGCUGAGCUUGGAGCUACACCAGGUGGAAAGGGAAAUUGGCAAGAGAACCCGUGAGCUGAGCAUGGAGAGCCAAUCUUCACUGGAUAUGAAAAACAAGCUGGGCACCACUAAACAGACAGAAAAUGGACAAUUAGAACCACAAAACAAGGUUCCAGCUGAGGACCUUACACUGACAUUCAGGACAAUGCAUCUCCUCGCGCUGUGCCUGCUCAGUGUGUGGGGGCUGGCUGCCCCUGAGCACUACGCUGUGGAGGACGUCUGCACCGCCAAGCCCCGCGACAUCCCCGUGAACCCCAUCUGCAUCUACCGCAACCCCGACAAGAAACCCCAGGAGGGAGAGGGGCAGGAACCAGCCAAGGACAAGCUCCCAGAGUCCACCAACCCCCGGGUGUGGGAGCUGUCCAAGGCCAAUUCUCGGUUUGCUGUUGUCUUCUACAAGUACCUGGCUGACUCCAAGGACAAUAGGGAAAAUAUCUUCAUGUCCCCCCUCAGCAUUUCCACAGCCUUCGCCAUGACCAAGCUCGGAGCCUGUGGCAGCACCCUCCAGCAGCUCAUGGAGGUCUUUCGAUUUGACACCAUCUCAGAGAAGACGUCAGAUCAGAUCCAUUUCUUCUUUGCCAAGCUGAACUGCCGCCUGUACAAGAAAGCAAACAAAUCCUCAGAGCUGGUGUCAGCCAACCGUCUCUUCGGGGAGAAAUCUUUGGUCUUUAAUGAGACUUACCAGAACAUCAGUGAAAUCGUUUAUGGAGCAAAACUCUGGCCCUUGAACUUCAAAGAGAAGCCAGAACUUUCCAGGCAGAUCAUUAAUGAGUGGGUGGCUAACAAGACAGAGAAGCGCAUUACAGAAGUGAUCCCAGAAAGUGGUAUUGAUGAUCUCACUGUCUUGGUCCUGGUCAACACCAUUUAUUUUAAGGUAAGAAAAACUAACAGAACUGGGGAGCAGCACACUUGCUUAGAGGAGACAUGCUGCUCAUGUUUGUUUUCCCCCUCUCCUUUUUAGGGGCACUGGAAAUCGCAGUUCCCAGCUCCAAACACAAAACUGGAUGUAUUUCAUAAAGCCAAUGGUGAGACCUGCCAAGUCCCAACUAUGUACCAGGAGUCCAAAUUCCACCAUGCAUUCAUUGCCCAGGACAAGGUCCAGGUGCUGGAGCUGCCUUACAAAGGGGAUGACAUCACGAUGCUGCUGGUCCUGCCCAGUGCUGGGACGCCACUGGAGGAGGUGGAGCGAGAGCUGACCUCAGAGAGGCUGCAGGGCUGGAUCGAUUCCAUGAAGGAGAUGUCUCUCUUUGUCUACCUGCCUCGCUUCCGCAUCGAGGACAGCUUCAGCCUCAAGGAGAAGCUGAGGAAAAUGGGGCUGGAAGAUCUCUUCAGUCCAGAAAAUGCCAGACUCCCAGGUAUCAUUGCAGAGGGCCGCACAGACCUGUACGUGUCUGAGGCUUUCCACAAAGCCUUCCUUGAGGUGAAUGAAGAAGGCAGUGAGGCCUCAGCUGCUACAGCUGUCACCAUCUCUGGCCGUUCCUUUCCUCUGAACAGAAAAAUCUUCAAUGCCAACAGGCCCUUCCUGCUUUUCAUCCGGGAAGCUGCCCUCAACACCAUCAUCUUCAUGGGCAGGAUAGCUGAUCCCUGCUCCUAAAGGGGCUGGUAGGGCCUCACUUCUCCCUCCUCUGCCUCAGGAAAGGGAGAGGGGGUAUUGCCACUAAGUGUGGGCUGCUCCUGGGGUGCUUGGUCUUGCUGUUUGGUGCCAGCUGCAGGGAGGGACUGCAUCCAGCUGGGCUGUCCCUGCUCCUCCCUGCCAUGUCAGUGAGGGGGCUCAUAGGUCACCUCACUGUCCUGUCCUUUGUGGCAAGGAAAGCUGAAUUUCAUCUGGUACUGGUAUUUUUGUGGCACCCAAGUCCAGCAUUGCUGUCC